GGGCAACGGGGAUCUAAGUCGGGUCGAUUGUUCCAAUGUCGACUUGCUUGCUUCUUAACAUUCGUUAUCGCAACUUGCUGCGGAAAUACCAUCGAAACACGAAGCACAUAUCAAGUGCACCCGGUUGUCUGAUAAUUCUCGUUUUCAAUGAAUGAGUUUCAAAGGGAUCACAUACAGCGCGUUUCCACAAACUUUCAACAAUUCUUUGCCUCCGAUAAGUUCCUGGAUGUCACUAUCUCACUACGGGACUCCAAAGUGCAUUCCAAUCGCAUGUUACUAUCGGCCUCCAGCGAUUACUUUCACGGCCUUUUUGAAUUUUACGGUUCCCAGUCAGGAUCUUCACUGUCUGCUCACUACGACAUAACUUCGGAGUAUCUGUCCACGAAAGGCUUUGAAUUUGUAAUUAAUUUUAUUCAUUCCCUUGGACAAUGCUCCACACGGGUACCUCAAGAAGAUUAUGAGCCAAUGUACAUGGCUGCCAGCUUCUUACAGGUGCACUCCCUUCAAGAAAUGUUCAGUGAUCUUAUCGGGAGCCAUCUAAAUACUUUCAACGUCAUCAGAACUCUAAGACUAGCGCAUCUGUUUGACGACAGUCGGCUGUACCAUAAAUCCCUACUUUUAUUGCUGGAUCAGUUUCACCACAUCGAUGUAUAUUCUGAUGAUUACGUUAAUUUGACUCAAGAUCAAGUCGAAACCAUUUUCCGGAGCGAUCGCGUCAAUGUCCCGCGGGAAAGUUUCAUGGUUAAGGCAUUGCUGUCCUGGGUAUCUGCGGAUCUACGGUCACGCAUGAGUUUUUUCAAGGGGACGUUUACUCAACUACUCCGGCUUUCUUUGGUGAGCGCUAAUGAAUUUGCCUCGAUUGUGACGGAUCCGAGGUUUUCUAGCGUGCACGAGGCACUGGACUUGUUGAUUUUGGCAUAUCGAACUCAGACUGCGUCACUUUCCGUGGAUUUUUUGUACUCCCCAAAGUUUCCCAACUCUUUUGGCACUUUCCCUAUCACUAAUAAGACUGUGCGUUCCGGCACCAAUUUUCGGAUCUACUCGUUCGGUGGGAUCGAGGGAGCAGAAUUUUCGGAGGUAUUUCAACGCAAUCGUCCCGAUACACCAAGCUUUUUCAGCUACGAUGAGGACAUGACGCAAGUUUGCGCGUAUAAAUCCGUGGAUGAACCCAAUCGUAUACACCAUGCGUUGACGUCUUCGCUUGGAUGGAUCUUUGUUACCGGGGGUGAACUGGAGGAUGGUGAAUUGUUGAGCCGCUGUUCUAAAUAUAACUUGGUCGAGCAUAUCUGGUUUCCAAUGGAGGCUCUGGAUGCUCCACGAUCACAUCACAGCCUCGUUUGCAUUGAGAGUUUUCUUUAUGCAUUUGGGGGAUAUCGUCUAAAUUGGAGUACCGGUUAUUCUCCUGCGACCGAUUCAAUCCUCGUGCACGACUGCAUUACCAAUCAGUGGCGCUCUGCUCCCCAUCGACUUCCCUUUGCUGGAGUCGACAUGGGCGCGGUACUCAUCACUUCAAGACGUGAGUUGUACGUGUGCAUUGUGUGCAUUUGGAUUACAAGUGUACAAUUCAGCAGGGUUGUUGUUGUUCAUUCUAUCAACUGCCACAAGAUACUUAGUCAGAGCCUUUUUGCACCUGUGCACCUAGGAGGCCAACUCCUGCUUAUUAAUUCACACCAAAACAUGUGA